GCGGCACGAUGCUCGCCGAAGCUCACCUCGCUGCCAGAUUUCUUCCUUCGAAUCCUUCUGUCCGCCCUCCUCGCCGCAGCAAUCCCACCGCCACAAGCGUUUCUUUCCGUCGGGUUUCCACGAGGAAUCCCUCCCUUGAAGCCCUCAAGGAUCGCCUUAUCCGCCUCGCCGACUCUGGCCGCAUCGACGAUGCCCUCUCCACCCUCGACCUCAUGGCCGACCGCGGCAUCCCCGCCGACCUCGUCUCCUACUCUGUCCUCCUCAGGUCCUGCAUCCGCUCCCGGGACCUUCGUCGCGGCCGCCUCGUCCAACGCCGCCUUCUUGACUCGGGCCUCCAGUUCGACUCUGUUGUCACAAAUUCCCUCAUUUCUCUCUACUCCAAAUGCGGGGAGUGGGAGGCUGCCCUUUCCAUAUUCGAAGAAAUGGGGAGCAGAAGAGACGUCGUGUCGUGGACCGCACUCGUCUCUUAUGCUGCCCAAAACGGUAUGCAAGGGAGAGCCAUCGCCAUGUUCUGCCAAAUGCUUGAAACUGGAAUCAUCCCCAACGAAUUCAGCUUCUGUAGCGUGAUUCAAGCUUGCUCUAAGUCAGAAUACCAGUGGAUUGGAUGGGCAAUUCUAGGUUUUGUGGUAAAGAUGGGAUUUUUCUGGUGGGACGCAUCGGUUGGUUGUGCUUUGAUAGACAUGUUCGCUGAGAAUGAUGACUUGUUAUCCGCCCGCAAGGUGUUUGAUGGAAUACUUGAAAGGAACGCUGUUGUCUGGACUCUAAUGAUAUCCAGGUAUGGACAGCACGGGCGUGGUAGAGAUGCACUUGACUUGUACCUGGAAAUGAUUCUUAGCGAUUUCGAACCUGAUCGUUUCACGCUAAGCAGCGUCAUUUCUGCAUGCAGUGACUUGGAGUCUUUGGAAUUUGGACGGCAAAUGCAUUCUCAAGCCAUUAGGUUAGGAUUGGCUCAUGAUGCCUGUGUUGGUUGCACCCUUGUAGACAUGUAUGCAAAAUGCUCAUUGAUGGAUGACUCCAGGAAAGUUUUUGAUCGAAUGGAUGAACACAGUGUCAUGUCAUGGACCACAAUUAUCUCAGGCUAUGCUCAGAGUAGCAUGCAUGACGAAAAGGCAAUUGAGCUUUUUAUCAAUAUGAUCAAUGGAAGUGUUCGACCAAAUCAUUUCACUUAUUCCAGCAUCCUCAAGGCCUGUGCAAAUCUUGCGGAUUCGCAGGUGGGGCAGCAAAUACAUGCCCGAGUCAUCAAAUCAGGUCUAGCAUUUGUAAAUUUUGUAGGAAACUCUUUGGUCAGCAUGUAUGCACGAUUCGGAAGGAUGGAAGAGGCCAUUAGAGCUUUUGAUUCAUUGUACGAGAAAAAUGUGGUUUCCUGUAAUGCAAUAGCAGAUGGAUGUGCUAAGAAUUAUAACUAUGAACAAGCAAUUGAGGUUCUCUAUCAGAUUCAGAGUAUGGAUAUGGGUGCCAAUGCAUUUACCUUCGCGAGCCUGCUGAGCGCAGCGGCAAGUAUUGGAAUGCUGAGCAAGGGCCAACAGCUCCAUGCCCAGUUAUUAAAAGCAGGACUUCGGUCGGACAUGGGCAUUGGUAAUUCUCUGAUAUCUAUGUAUUCAAGAUGUGGUAGUAUAGAUGAUGCUUGCCAAGCUUUUGGUGAGAUGAAUGAUCACAAUGUGAUUUCAUGGACUGCAAUGAUAACUGGUUUUGCUAAACAAGGGGAUGCGGAUCAAGCCCUUAAAUUAUAUCAGAAUAUGGUGUCUGCAGGUGUUAAGCCAAAUGCAGUAACCUAUGUUGCUGUUUUGUCUUCUUGUAGUCAUGCAGGUUUGGUUGAACAAGGAUGGGAACACUUCCAUGCAAUGCAAAAGGACCACAGGGUUGCUCCGACAAUGGAGCACUAUGCCUGCAUGGUUGAUCUGCUCGGCCGAUCAGGUCUUUUGGAGGAUGCUUUUAAGUUCAUAAAUUCCAUGCCUUUAAGAGCUGAUGUCUUGGUGUGGAGGACACUGCUUGGUGGUUGUAGUGUGCAUGGGGACAUCAGGUUGGGAGAAAUUGCUGCCAAAAGAAUCUUGGAGUUGGCUCCAGAGGACCCAGCAGCCUAUGUCUUGCUCUCUAAUAUGUAUGCCGAGGUAGGUAGAUGGGAGGAUGUAGCAACUGUUAGGCAUGCUAUGAAGGAGAGAAAUCUUAACAAAGAAGCUGGAUUGAGCUGGAUAGAAGUAGAGAACAUCAUUCAUAAGUUUCAUGUGGGAGAUACUAGUCAUCCACAAGCUCAGAAAAUCUAUGCCAAGUUGGACGAAUUGUUUGCUAGAAUCAAGGAAAUGGGUUAUGUGCCAAACACCAACUUUGUUCUUCAUGACAUAGAGGACCACCUGAAGGAACAAUACCUACUUCAGCACAGCGAGAAGAUAGCAGUUGCUUUUGGUCUCAUAAACACAUCGGGUCCCAAGCCGAUUCGGGUAUUCAAGAACCUUCGUGUCUGUGGAGACUGUCACAAUGCAAUUAAAUGCAUAUCAAAAGCCACUGGAAGAGAUGUUAUCUUGAGGGAUUCUAACCGUUUUCAUCAUAUUAGGAACGGGGAGUGUUCCUGCAAUGACUACUGGUGAGAUUUACAAAUUUUAUCUGCUCACAAGUUGUGUUUAAGUGAAUCAGCAUUCAGGUGGCUGGAAUUCCUCGAGACAAUGAAGAGUCCCAGAACACCAUCAGCAUCACAGUGACAUUGUCAAAACUCCCUCGACAAAUAGCAAGCCUUGCGAGCAUGGCAGCAGCAUAUCUGACAGAAGAAUGAGACACCCCACCAGUAGUCUAGUACCAUUAUCAGAAUCAGAUGGCUUCUCUUCCAGGAUAAGGAAUUGGUCUUCCUCAGAGCAUUCAAUCACCAUGAAUUCAGGUUCAGCGCUGACAUAAGGCUUUCGAACGUAGUCUCCUGCAUGCAUACACGAUAACGAUUAUAACUGACCGUGUCUGAGUACAUUGAACAUUGCCAAAAGGAACAAUAGAAAUAUGUUACGUACCAAAGGACCUAGAAAUGGACAGUAUUCCCAAGACACGAGGACAGUCCCAGUACAGGACUUGUCCUCCCAGAGCUUCUACUCUUUCUGAGCUCCUCUCGUUUGUCGGGCUACUUUAAUGGUAGAUGUUCAAACACAAUGUAUAAAAUAAUUUAUUUUAAAUGGUCCAAAAAUUUUGGUAGCUAUAAAAUAAGGAAAGAAUGCCAUGAAUGAAUGGAUAAUGCCAUGAUACUUCGUGUUGUAUUCUAUAAGGGGAUCUUAGGCUCAAAUCAUGGGACAGCAAGGGGAAAAUAUAGUGUUCUUUAAGGCUGUCAAAGGAAUUUUGCACUUCAUUCUUUCUACGAUGAACAGGCAUUCCAUUAGAUAGACAUCAAUGAGAAAAAGUAAGCACUAGAAAAAACGGUACUGCUCUGAUGUGAGUAGGCAAUCCAUUAUACAUAUAUGCAUGAGGAACCGUGAGAAGUAUAGGCAUUAGAGAGUUCACCACGUGUUGACGUGUGGUAUCGAGCAUCAAUGAUUUAUCUUCCUUAACAUAAUAUGGGAAUGGACUCUGAGGGGCACCUGGAGUGAGUGUAAUCACCUUUUUACGACAGUUGUAUCGAGCAGCAAACUUUACUAGAUCAAUGAGUAAGAACCUGCAAACUAAAAAAAAUUACACUAGAAGAGAUAGAGGUGAUUCAGUGGAGUAUACCAAGAAAGCAAUGAGCAUUUUUUUUUUUUCCUUAAUAACUGAAUGCAGAAUUGAUCGACCUUAAUAGGGCAGGGUCCAGAAGAAAAAACCCAGAACUACUUGGAUACAUACACAUUCAACAAUACAUAUUUACAUUCUUGAUAUGGAAUGGGCACAGGUA